AUGGUUUCCGACGUGUUACCCCAGAAGAACGAGGAGUACGGGACGAAGGAAUAUUGGGAUCAGCGUUACACACAGGAACCCGAAGAUGCCUCGUUUGAUUGGUUCAAGAGAUACGAGGAUGUCGCUGGCCUCUUACGGGAUGCGAUCCCUGACAAGAACGUCCGGAUCUUGAUGCUCGGAUGCGGAAAUUCCACUCUGUCUGAGGACAUGUAUGACGAUGGGUACAAGAAUAUCGUGAAUAUCGAUUAUUCCGACGUCGUGAUCGAGCAGAUGCGGAGCAGGCAUCGCAGUACGCGACCAGGGAUGGAAUGGCAUGAGAUGGACAUCCGAGACUUGAAAUUCGACGACGCGUCCUUCGACGUUGCCAUCGACAAAGGGACCAUGGAUGCUAUGAUGACAGCAAAAGGAGACGUUUGGGAUCCUCCUCAACAAGUCAUCGAUGACUGCACGAAGGAGGUCGACGAAGUUCUUCGUGUUCUUAGAAAGGACAAGGGCCUUUUCUUAUACCUCACAUUUGGCCAACCGCAUUUCCGUCGCCAGUUCCUCACAAGGGAGGGUACGACCUUAGAGAUAAAGCGGAUAGGAGAAGCGUUCCACUAUUAUUUUUAUAUCGUCAAGACUUGA